UCUAAUAAAUUAUCUUCCAAAGAUUGGGAAGAAAUAAUGGCAGAAAUCAUUCGAGAGGAAUUUAUGUUGCCUCUACAUCUAACUAGUGAAAAACUGGCCCAAGAUAUAAAACUUGCUCCCCAGGAAGUAGAAGAAGUUAUCCAAGAAAAAAAAUCUCUCAACAUGGAUUUAAUUUGCCGCCUAAGUGCCUAUUUUGAUUUGCCGCUAACAUUUUGGUGA